UUUUAUUUAUAUUGUUUAACGAUUAAAAUUAAUAUAUUCGAUAGGUUGGUAUCUCGAUCGUUUGUUCACUCGUCACUGUAAACAAUUAUUUUAAACAAAGGUAUUUCGAUUAAUGUUAAAAUACCGUUUUACUUAUAACCUGUAUUGGCACAUGGCGCGCGCGCGCGCGAGCGUAUGUGAUGCUGGCACGAUAGAAAAUUUAAUUUUCCGUCAAAUUGCAAUAGCGAUGCGUACGUUUAGUGCAUUAAUUAAGCCGCAUUGCAUGUUUUCGUAUCAAGAAAGUUAUAACAGUAUUAAUUCAACAAUAAAUAAACAUCUUGUCCAAGUGUACUCUAUCGAUUCUUAAUUUAUUUGUAUGCUAAAUUUGAAUGAUAGUUAAUUAUAAAAUAUUCUUAUAAUUUACAGUGAGAUUGUUUAUCAAGUGUAAAUUAGCUUGUAAGAAAUUUAAAGCAAUCAAAGAAGUUACUGUGCGAUCAAGAUGCCACAGAACGAAUAUAUCGAUAAACAUCGAAAGUUAUAUGGACGACGUUUGGAUUAUGAAGAGAGAAAAAGAAAACGGGAAGCACGAGAGCCUCAUAAACGUGCAGAGCGUGCACGUACAUUGCGCGGUAUUAAGGCUAAAAUCUUUAAUAAAGAACGUCGCAAUGAAAAAAUUCAAAUGAAGAAAAAGAUCAAGGCUCAUGAAGAAAAAAGAGUAAAGCAAACAUCAGAGAAUCCGUCAGACGGAGCUGUACCGGUAUAUCUUCUUGACAGAGAUGUUACUAAAAGAGCAAAAGUAUUGUCCAAUAUGAUUAAACAAAAACGAAAGGAAAAGGUCGGAAAAUGGGAUGUACCGAUACCUAAAGUUAAAGCUCAAUCAGAAUCAGAAGUUUUCAAAGUAAUGAGAAGUGGGAAGUCUAAAAGAAAAUCUUGGAAAAGAAUGGUUACUAAAGUUACAUUUGUUGGUGAAAAUUUUACAAGGAAGCCACCUAAAUUUGAAAGAUUUAUUAGACCGAUGGCAUUACGUUUCAAAAAAGCACACGUCACGCAUCCAGAAUUAAAAGCAACUUUUUAUCUACCGAUCAUAGAUGUUAAAAAAAACCCAAGCUCUCCAAUGUAUACAAAUUUAGGUGUAAUAACUAAAGGUACUAUUAUUGAAGUGAAUAUCUCUGAAUUGGGUCUUGUAACCCAAUCUGGUAAAGUUGUAUGGGGCAAAUACGCACAAGUCACGAAUAAUCCAGAAAAUGAUGGUUGUAUCAAUGCUAUAUUACUUGUUUAAUCCAAUUUAAUAGUUUGUAUAAUUUGCUGUUGUUGCUUGUUAAUUUAUCUUCUUCCUUUGUAUUUUUUCCUUAUAUAAAAAAAUUAUUGCAAUAAAGAUAUUUUAUAAAAUAU